CAUGUUCUUUCUUUUGGAUUCCAUCCCAAUUUCACAACUCUACUCAACCCUCUCUACUUCCCCAACCCUCCCUUUUCUUCCUUCCUUUCCCCAUCUAAUCCCAAAGGUACGUCUUCUUCACAUCCUCCUUGAUUUCUGUUAUUCCCUUUCAUCUUUUUGGCCUGUUGAUUUUCUGCUUUGCUUUAUGUGUAAGCUCUGUCUGGUAGCUGUGGAAGUGUGGCAAAACGGAAGAAUCCUUUCAAUCUUGAAAGCAUCUUCUUUCCCCUUUGUUGGGGGUUUACAACUUAUGGAGUUGGUUUGAGUUAUCUAUAUCUAUGUUGAAUUACAGGAUGGAAGUCUUAUCUUGUGCUCAGUGGGGACCAUGUGUUUCAUUGCAUUGGUCACUGGGAAUGAUGCCAUUGAAGAUGGAAUUUGUCCUUGCAGCCCUGAUAUUAUCUUGUUUUCAUUCUUUUGUACUGUCUGAUUCGCAAGGAGAUGCACUCUAUGCAUUAAAGAAUUCAUUGAAUGCUUCCAGCAAACAGCUCAUGGACUGGCACCCAAAUGAAGUUGACCCAUGUAGUUGGUCCAAUGUUGUUUGUGACUCCAGUAAUAAUGUCAUUUCUGUAACGUUGUCAUUCAUGCAACUGUCUGGAACAUUGUCCCCCAAAAUUGGAAUUCUGAACACUCUUUCAACACUUACAUUGGAAGGAAAUGGCAUAAUUGGUGAGAUACCAGAAGAGUUGGGAAAUUUGUCAAAUCUGACAAACUUAAAUUUGGGAAAUAACAGAUUAACGGGUGAAAUACCAUCUAGCCUUGGUAAUCUUAAGAAGCUACGGUUUUUGAUUUUGAAUCAAAACAAUCUCACUGGGACUAUCCCUGAGUCACUCUCAAGUCUUCUUCCAAGCUUGAUCAGUCUUCAGCUGGCAUCAAAUGAUCUCAGUAGUCAAAUACCCGAGGAUUUAUUUCAAGUGCCGAAGCACAAUUUUACAGGUAAUGGCCUGAAUUGUGGCAGAAAUUUUCCACACCUUUGUGCAUCUGAUAAUGAUUCAGGUGGUUCUCACAAACCGAAAAUUGGACUGAUAGUUGGAAUUGUUGGAGGACUCAUAGGUCUUCUUCUUUUUGCAACUGUGCUGUUUUUUCUGUGGAAGGGUUCAUGCAGAGGCUACAAGCGGGAAGUUUAUGUAGAUGUUGCAGGUGAAGUUGACAGAAGAAUUGAAUUUGGCCAAUUGACAAGAUUUGCAUGGAGGGAGUUAAUAACAGCUACAGAAAAUUUUAGUGAGAAAAAUGUUCUUGGAAAGGGAGGCUUUGGGAAAGUUUAUAAGGGAGUGCUUAGAGAUAACACCAAGGUUGCUGUGAAACGAUUAACAGAUUAUGAAAGUCCUGGUGGAGAUGCAGCUUUCCAGCGUGAGGUGGAGAUGAUAAGUGUAGCUGUUCACAGGAAUCUAUUACGGCUGAUUGGAUUUUGCACAACACCAACAGAACGGAUUUUGGUGUAUCCCUUUAUGCAGAACCUAAGUGUGGCGUCUCGCCUUCGGGAGGUUAAACCUGGGGAGCCAGUUUUAGAUUGGCCUACAAGAAAACGGGUGGCUUUAGGCACAGCACGUGGACUAGAAUACCUGCAUGAACAUUGCAAUCCCAAGAUUAUUCAUCGGGAUGUUAAGGCUGCUAACGUAUUACUGGAUGAAGAUUUUGAAGCUGUUGUUGGGGACUUUGGCUUGGCAAAGUUGGUGGACGUGAGAAUUACCAGCGUGACAACUCAAGUUCGGGGAACGAUGGGCCACAUAGCACCUGAGUACUUGUCCACUGGGAAGUCAUCAGAGAGGACAGAUGUUUUUGGUUAUGGGAUUAUGCUGCUGGAACUUGUAACGGGUCAACCAGCAGUUGACUUUUCACGCUUAGAAGGAGAAGAUGAUAUCUUGCUGCUUGACCAUGUCAAGAAGCUUGAAAGGGAGAAAAGACUAGCUGUUAUUGUAGAUCGCAACCUAAAUCGGAACUAUGACAUCCAAGAAGUGGAGAUGAUGAUCCAAGUUGCAUUGCUCUGUACACAACCAUCACCAGGCGAUCGUCCAGCAAUGUCAGAGGUGGUUCGGAUGCUUGAAGGAGAGGGGCUGGCUGAGAGAUGGGAAGAAUGGCAGCAUGUGGAAGUUAGUCGUCGACAGGAGUAUGAGCGGCUGCAAAGAAGAUUUGACUGUGGGGAAGAUUCACUCUAUCACCAUGAUGCUAUUGAAUUGUCUGGUGGAAGAUGAGGUAAUGGAUGAAUCCAAUCUCAUUCCCCUUACUUCAAAGCCAUAUAAUUUUCUUUCAGUAGGUUAGCUUCGUCUCCUUCCAAUUGUAUUUUAUUUAAAAAAUUACAGGAAAAAGAACCAUGCCUUGAAUAUUUUUGGAUGGAUUUCUGGUUCCAGCUUUUCUCCUUCGCUAAAUUUUAUUUGGAAUUCUCAUGUGUGUGUUUGAGCAAUACUCAAACAAUCCAAGGCCUUGUAUUUUGUAUUAUGAAGCUUUUUCUCUAUGUUAAUAUUGAAUAGUGCCUUUUGAAUC